AUGCUUUCUCUUGGACGAAAGAUGGAAAAAACAGAUCUUUCGAAUCUCUUCAGAAUUUCAGCCGCCACUGAUGGCGUUCCUGAUAUAAAAUCCUCCGAGAUGAGCUCAUUGCUUGGAAUUGGUGCUGCUAUCACGACUUUGGAAUUUGUAGAAAGUAGUGCGGCGCAAAUGGUGGACCAAGAAUAUCAAUUGUUGAUAAAGCUAUUUUCGAAUCUGAAGAUUGACAAUAAAAUCUUCUUCCCGUUGGAUCCCAUCAAUGACAAUCUCAUGAUAUCAAAGAAGUCGACUUAUUUCAAGAAUUACCAUAACAAGAUUACACUACGUGCGCAUCCUCGGAUAGGGCUCAGGCUUCAAGCCAUGGACAAUGCGAUCUCGAGAACGGUACCAGCGUCAGAGAAAAACAGGAGACUAUUUCGAGAUGUUCGAAUGCGAAAUCAAAAAGGUAGUCUCCCGCUAAAAAGAUUUACCUUGUUCUCGAAACUUCCUGCGGAGCUCAGAGUUAAAAUAUGGCAAAUGUCUUUCGUUAGAAGAACGAUUGUGGUUGGUAUGUACCGCAGAACAACAGAAGGGGUUAUCGAUUUUAGCAAGAAUCAUGUCACAACAUCAAACCCAAUUCAGCUUUUGAUUAAUAGAGAAAGCCGGGCAGAAGUCAAACGACAUUAUAUCUUCCAAAAAACCUAUCAUGCCACUCCUGCUGUCCAAACUCUAGAAAAGUACAAAUACAGGUAUCUCACGAACCUCUUUCUUCCGGAGAAUAACUUCCGACCAAGUUUUGGUAUAUAUUAUCAUCCGAGAAUAGAUGAGCUCUCGAUACUGCCCCCUAUCGUCCUUUAUGAUUCGAUCCUUUGGCAUCUGCCAGUUUGUGGCUAUAAGCUUUAUCAAUUUCGGUACAUGCAGACUCUGGUGAUUCGUGAGGCACAUUUGAGUACCAGGGACAUCGUUUUAUCUAACAACUACUGGCGUGGAAGACAAUCUUUAUUUUACAUGACCUAUGAAAACUUUAGUCGAAUCCGGGAGAUAUUGAUAUACCCGAGUAAAUCUGUCAGAUUCACCGCAGAUAAUCUGCUCUGUACUGAGCUGGGUAGAAAGCAAAGCUUGGAGGUCCUCAACAAAAUGUUUAAAGAAGUCUAUCAACUUGAAAAGAAUGCUGAGAGAGGUCUUCAAGUUCCAAGGAUCACAAUCUAUGUACCUUGA